CACUACACAAGCGAGCAGAUUCAUUCCUUUUUCCACAAAUAAAAGGGAGAGCUGCUGUGGCUGCCUUCUGUAAUAGAAGAUUUUACCUCGAGUCGGUGCAACGCAUAGCUGUUCUAGGUGCUUUCAACUCGAACUCAAGAUGGGGCGAUCUUAGCUUUCACCCUUGUUAGCGAAUCCACUCUGUAGCUGGUGGCAACUUCCAGACAACGGGACUGGGCCAAUUGUUCUUCCCAAGCUUGGCCUUGACAGAGGCUUAAAUUCUAUCAGGAAAACUUAUAAUAAAAAAUAAUGUUGAAGGCACUGAAGAAACUCGACCUAAAAGAGGUUGACCGGGAAAUCUUGGCUUUACGGCGCGAGGAGGAGAAACUCAUUCGCGAAAUUAAGGCCGCAGCCAAGGCCGGCAACACAGCCGGCGCCCGCGUCCUUGCCAAAUCUCUGGUGCGACUCCGGGGCCAAAUCUCCAAGCUGCAAGGCAGUUCAGCGCACUUACGAGGCAUCAGCGCGCAAAUCACGACGGCUGCCGCGACCACCAGCGUUGCAAAGGCUGUGGGAUCCGCUACAAAAGCCAUGACCGCCAUGCAGUCCACCAUGAAGCCCGCCGCAGUUGCCGCCUCCAUGGCCGCCUUCUCCCGCGAGAACCAGCGUCUGGAUAUGGUGGGCGAGGUCAUUGGGGACGCGCUGGAGGGCGCUCUGGACACGGAUGGGUUGGAGGAGGAGACGGGGGAGCUGGUUGGGCAGGUGCUGGACGAGAUUGGAAUCGACCUGGCGGCCAGCUUGAAGGAAACGGCCGAAGAGGACGACCUGCUGGUUAGGCUGGCGACCCUGAAGAGCUGA